ACAUUUCCCAGCGGCCCUCGGGAGGGGAGGAAGGCGGGCGGUUGUGGCGUGCCGGUGCCCGGGCCUGCCGGGACGGAGCAUGGCUACGAGGGAGGCUGGCGGCGUGGUGCUCGGCAAGGCGGCCGAGAAGCUCUUCUCCCUCAGCGGGCUCUUCGCCGUGUACAAGCCCAAGGGGCCCACCUCGGCCGGCGUGCUCAACCUCCUGAAGGAGAAGCUGCUGGCAGAAGCUGGCAUGCAAACAAAUAGGAGCAAAAAAAAUCAGGUUUUGAAAAUUGGACAUGGUGGAACUUUGGACAGUGCAGCUGAAGGAGUUCUAGUGAUUGGUAUUGGAAAAGGAACAAAAAUGCUGGGAACUAUGUUGGCAGGUUCCAAGAAAUACACUGCCAUUGGGCUACUGGGCAAAGCUACUGAUACAUUAGAUGCUACAGGAAAAGUAACUGAAGAAAAACCUUAUGACCAGAUAACAAAAGGAGAUCUUGAAAAUGUGCUGCAGAAGUUCACAGGGGACAUAAUGCAGGUUCCUCCGCUCUAUUCUGCUUUGAAGAAGGAUGGAGAAAGGCUGUCGACUCUGAUGAAGAGAGGAGAAGCAGUCGAAGCAAAGCCUGCUCGGCCAGUAAGAGUGUACAGCCUGUCUCUCCAACGGUUCCAUCCACCACUGUUCACACUGGAUGUUGAAUGUGGCGGUGGCUUUUAUGUCAGGAGCCUGGUCAGUGACAUUGGCAAAGAGCUCUCUACCUGUGCCACUAUGCAAGAGCUGACCCGAACCAAACAUGGGCCAUUUACGCUGGAGGAGCAUGCACUUCAUGAAGAUAAAUGGACAAUUGAUGAAAUUGCACGAUCCUUAGAGCACUGCACAUCUCUUCUCCCAGGAGAGCCAUCUCAUAAAAAAUUGAAGACAGAGCAUCCUGGUGAAACUGCUGUGAGCUGUGAGGAUAAGUGAUAAGUUAGGUCAAGGAAAAAGACUGAAUGAUUGAGACAUUCUAAGAUUGGAUUGGGAUUUGUCUUGCCUCCUGUGUAUAUCUGCAAGUCUGUACUGGAAGGGUGACAAACAGCAGUGCAAGAAAAAUGGUUCUUUUUGUUUUCUGGGUUGAGAACAUGCAUUGAAAAUAUCCAGUUCUUGCUGUUUCUUCAUCUGUUUAUUUUCCUUCUUGCACUCUGUAAAUGGAUCUGCCACUGAUGUCAAAUCUUCAUAAAGUUUUAAAGAGCUUGUAGGGUGAAAUACACCCGUUGUUGCUAAUUCCUCAAUAAAAAUAUAAACGUUAAGGUUUGAUAAA